CCACCAAUUUGUACAUCGAACCAUUGUCUUAAUGGAGGAACGUGCAAUGCCUUCUCUGGGUUGUUCUCCUGCCGUUGCCUCGAUGGCUUCCAGGGACAGACAUGCCAACAAGCACCUGUCACUUGUGAAUCGGGAUCAAACGCAUGUAAUUCUACCGAAGAAUGUGUAAAUUCUGUCUGCCGAUGUCGUCCGAAUUUCAUCCGAAUUAACGGAGUGUGUAUCCGAAACAACAGAUAUCGCUUGACCUUAACUGUCAUCUCUCUACUUGGUGAAUCUCUCGAAUAUAUGGAUAGUUUUUCUGAUCCGUUAUCAGAUGAAUUUGAGAGCAUUGCUGAUGAAUUUAAAGUAGUGGUUCUUUCAAUCACUUCAUUUAUCAACGAUAUAACUGUCGUUAAACUUGAAUCGGGAAGCGUCAUCUUUACUUUCGAUAGCUUUGUCGACGUCUCAGUUGGAGAAUCGGUCGUACUAUCGGAUUUCCAGGAAGCGCUAGGAAGUUCUAGCACAAGCGACCUUAUUAUCUCGCCAAACACAGUUCCAGAAAUCUCAGAUUUUGACGAAUGUGCUGAUGCCACAACAAAUGACUGUUCGCUAAAUGCCAAUUGUAGGAACACAGUUGGAUCUUAUGAGUGCACUUGUUAUUCAAAUUAUAAUGACGAGUCCAUUGGACAGAGUGGCAGCGGAAGGAUAUGCGUCUUUCAUCGAGGUAUUCUGAUCGCUAUGAUAUGUGUCGCCGUUGGCUUCACUCUAUUUAUUGUUUGCUGUGGUGCUCUGUGUUGUCGCUGGUCUAGAUAUCAACAAAACAUAUCUAUUUUCUAUGAUAGCCAAACACCUGACGAUUUAUACAGGCCUCGUCGACCACACUCGAAAAGCGGCACACGGUUCAUAGAACAUGACCUCUUCUAGACGCUCAGAGUCCUCGAAAAGAAAGCCAUCACUUCGUUUCACUGCGGAGAAGCAUAGACAUGAUAGAGAUGCCCAGUAAAAUAUUUCAUUCAAAACACCCAAGGUCCUCGAGAAGAAACCAAUCUCAUCACUCCAUUGCUGAUAGCUUAAAGGGGAAUCCAACCCAAGUAAAAACUUGUUUUUAUAAGGAAAAGAAAAAUCGGACAAGUUGAUAGUUGAAAGUUUGAACAAUAUUGGACAAACAACAAGAAAGUUAUUAAUUUUUAAAAGUUGUAAAUAUUGGUAAUCACUAUACCCAUGGAGACUUCAAAUUGGCCCCAUAUGGGAUGUCAUAGUGAUGUAAGGCAAGGACUACUCUUCCAUGUACUCCAAUACAUAUUAUGGCUAAAAUGUCAUUUUUCCCAAAAGUUUUAUUUCAAAUUAUAUUUUUCUUUCAUGAGGACAUAAAACAAUAUACUACCAGGGUUAUAUUUAGAUUACUGCCCCAGGGGAAUGGGUACUUAGGAGAAAUAAAGUACGUGGCCUAUGAGAAAGUUGUCCUUGCCCCUUGUCAUAAUUUACUUACCCAGUUGCCAAUUUGAAAUCUACAUAGUAUUAGUGAUCUCAAUUUCAAAGCAGCUAUAACUUUCUUAUUGCUUGUCCGAUUUCUUUCAAACUUUCACCAUUCCGUUCAAUUUAUUUUUCUCCUUCCCAACACAACAUUUGAUGGCCAAGGCUGGAUUCCCCUUUAAGGAUGGCCUAUGAGGAUGAUCGAUCUGCUUUCAGCCGUAGUGAAGUGCCCUCACAUGCACGCAAACACCAUUCUAAUGCUCAUACCCGAUACUCCUUAGAAAGUGACCACUUCUUUAGGCCGUAUAUGGCAACUGGGAGUGAACCAACAUUAAGUGAUAGAAUAUCUGGCUCGUUUUGACCAAUUUUUAUGAAAUAACCAAUGUUUUGAAAUCUUCGUGGAAUGAAUUUGCAGAUAUAUCCAAACAGUUGUAAUUAUAGCAUUCUUUUAAUCCGGCAACAAGCAACUUGUUGCAUCCUGUGAGUUAUAUUAAUAUUGCCUUUUCUUUCGACACUAGUUAAACCCGAACGAUUUGGUCACUUAGACAAAGUACGGCCUUGAAGUGCAAAUACUAUAACGUUUUAAUUCAGCCAAGGAUUCGCGCUGCAUAUAGUUAACAACAUUCACGCGGCAGAGUCUCGAGGACACCUGUAAUCUUACUGUACUGUAUAAAUUUACAUACAUUUGUGUAAAACUACAGAAAAUUGGUAUUUGGUGUAUGAAACCUUACAAAUUUAUCGUAACAAAACUUUUCUCCUUUUUCAAAACAGACCUGUUCUGUAAAAUUGUAGAAAAUGUGUUGAAAAUAUUCCUGUUACAACGAUUUACAGAAUGAUUUGAAUAUUUCUUUCUGUAAAAUCUGUAUUUUAAUUUUUCUUCUGUAAAUUUUCCUGUUUUUUCUAACAGUUUGCGAAGUAGAAGUUAUUGGCAUGUUGCAGGAAUUAUCUUUUUUUUUUUUUUAUAUAUAAGUCAUAUUUCGCAUGAAAUAUGAAGGGUAAAUGUCUUAGAGAUUUAAAAAUAACAAGCAAUUAGGAUUUAUUUAUGUUUACCUCCCUUAAUAUGAAUUCUAAUCAUGGAGAUACUUAACCUUAUCUAGGCCGGGAUAUUUCGGGAGUUCAUAUGGCGGGGGAUGGGGGAGGGGGCCUCCUAGACCCCCUUGAGAUCUCGGCCAUUGGCCGCGCGAUUGCGCCGAAAAUUGGCACGCAGGUUGUCUGGGACAUAAUCUUCAAAAUUGUAUAGUAAUUUAUUUCAUGCAAAAUGCUAUUGUAUGAUUAUGCUAAUUAGUAUGCAAAAUCAUACUUUUCCCACUAACUUCCUAAAUAAAGCUCAAUUUUUUUUUAUUUUUGGUAUAAAAACUCUUUGUGGUGUUUUUAGCAAGUGUACAUGAAAUUUUUUUUUGCGAUAUCAGAUCAAUUUCUUAUAUAUUAUAUUGUUUUAUGCAAUUUCUUAUGUAUUUCCUUGUUUUUUUUUUAACUCUUGUUUGUCUUUGUUUUUAAUGAAAUUUGUUGGGGACUCUUCUGAGUAUACAAAUAUAUAAUGACACUCGAGGAUCUGGCUAAAACUAUUCGCAUCGAAGGAACAUCACUUAGUACUAUUUUCCCGAGGGCCAUCUCAGAGAAUGGGUCAUUGUAUAUUUGUUUUAUAUCCCUUCCACUCAUACCAUUUUACAGCGAAACGGUUUUUAAUAAGUCAAUAUAGAACAAUCGUUGAGAAAACGAGAAAAUAAUAAAGUCUUGCCGUAUAUGGAUCGUCUAUUCAGCGAGCGCACCUGGUUAGGGCAGCUCGCCGAAAGUUUGACGUGGCACGCGAUGGAGAGUACCGUUUGGCUGAGCAGCGCUCUUCUCGCAUCGCCUUGCACAGCUCGCGAAUCGCGAGGCAGGGGGGUCAAAAAAACGUAUAGUUCACUUUUUCCCUAGGGAAAAAAUGGACUAUGCGUGACGUCAGCAAGGAAAAUGAACUAUUUCAUGGCAAACAUUUUUCGUAGUAAAACUUUUCUUUUUCUCCUUGUGUACACUCUCAAUACAACAAUCUUAAGUAAGGGAUAUAACAUAAAAUAUAUACAUUUAGACCAGCAAAACUAAAAAUACUCAUACAUUUAUGACUUUUGGUUGAAAACACAAUUUGCAUUGACUUUGUACACAAAAUCACGUUUUUGAGUAAUUUUUGGUCUGACAUACACUUACAUAAUGUUGCGUAAUUUCGGAACAGCGUACCCGGGUGACGCAAAACUGGUCAAGUUGCGCAAGACUUAAAAGUAAAAAGUCAGCAAGCGGCGCGGUAAAAAAAAAUCGCGCGGCGAAAAUAUUGCCCGAAUCGUGGGGGGGGGGGGGGCACCGAGGCCCCUACCGGCCUGGAUAGGGUUAAAGAACAGAACCUGUAAUUCAUUCUCAAUUUGAACAUAUUGUAAGGUAGUGAGGGGAUGUGCCUAUAUAAGCCCGUAGCCAAAGGAGUUCAAUCAAAACCCCUAAAAUUUCCAAAGCAAGAAAAAUAGGGAAGGAAAAGUUUUUUGAGGACGAAAUGCCCCAACAUUUUGACUGAUUUCCCUUUUUUCUCAUCAAAUAAAAAAAAAAAAGGGGAAAAGGAGAAAAAAGAGGGAGAGAGGAAGAGAAUCGUAGUGGGAAAGAAGAAAUUAUUGUUCAUAAUAAUGUCAUAUUAUAUCAUAAUUAUGUUACACUACAUGAGAAACAUUUUUUUCAUAACUUUAUGAAACAUAAUUUGCUCAGGGCCUAUGUCUUGUUUUGCUGGUGCCCCCCAAUGCCGUGACCCACGGUACGCCACUGUGUGGAGCUGUUAUUUUACUUUGUUUUUUCCCCUUGGAUCAUAAUUAUGUAUGUUAUUGUUUUAAGUGCACUGGAUGACUGGAUUCUCGCCUGCAUAGAAAAGCGAGACAAUAAGCGCCGCUUUUCCGACGGCGGCGGCGGCGUCGUCAACACCAAAUCUUAACCUCAGGUUAAGUUAUUAAUGACAUAACUUAAAAAGUAUAUGGACCUAGUUCAUGAAACUUCGACAUAAGGGUAAUCAAGUAUUACUGAAUAUCCUGCUUUGGUUUCAGGUCACACGACCAAUGUCAAAAGUCAUUAAGGGUCAAUGAAUUUAGACCAUGUUGGGGGAUUCAAUAUCGAAGUCUUAACCUAGGGUUAAGUUUUUGAAAUGUCAUCAUAACUCAGAAAGUAUAUGGACCUAUAUAAUAGUUCAUGAAACUUACACAUAAGGGUAAUGAAGUAAAACUGAACAUCUGUCAGGAUAGAAAUUUAAUUACAGAUGUAUUUCAGUUAGAGCUCAAACAUGUGUUUAAAAUAGUUAUUUGGUCCAGGUUAGGGUAGGCAUGUAGACAAGCAUGUACAUAUGUUUCGAAUACUUUGAAAGCAAGCAUUGGAAACGCUUGAUACCCCCCCCCCCCUUAGAGUACAAGUGUACCAGGUUUAUGUCAUAUUUUAUACAGGUGUUCGAAAUAUUUCUUUAUGAGAAGCAUUUUCAUACAGGUGUCGUAAAUAACCAAAAGUGAUCUAGCAUUGAUGAGUGUAGAUGUAUAGAUACACAGGAAGUGUCUUUUAUUAAUAGGAAUGUGUUGUUUUAUGCACUCAUCUGUUAUCGAAAUACUUUGGAUUACUUUAUAGAAAUCUUACAGUUAGUCCUAGUAACGGUAGGGUAUAUUAGGAGGUUAAUUUAGGUAAUUCAGAGAGAACCACUUAAGCUAGAAUAGACUACAGAUGUUCGUGUAGGCAGUCUAAGUUAUAACUGAGGGACUACGUCGGUGACGAGAUAACGACCCCAGCUGCCGCCGGUUCUCCACCGACAUGAUUGGUCAAAAUUCAUGUCAUCAUUGGGGGCUCGAUCUCGUCCAAUAAUUCGUUGAAGCCACAUCUCUGAUCUGAGGGCUACUCAUCAGGGGGUAACUGUCUGCGGAGGCCGAGGCCAAGUGGAAGAGACAUCGCAAGCUGCGGAGGCCAGGAACUGGACCGACCACCAGGGCCGAGUGGGGCAUGUCAAGCCAGAACAGAUGACUGGGGCUCUAUUCAACUAUUGUUUAAGUUAAGUUAUAUUUUGUUAUAACCAUGUAUAUUUCAUGUACAAUCAUUAUAAAAGAAUCAAAAGAAAACCACAGAAUGACAAGAGAGAUUUGAUUAAAUCUUUUUAAUAACUGUA